AAUUUACUACUAUGUUAUGAGGCGAGGGAGAAGGCUGUGAGGGGAGAGAGCGAGGCGGAGAGCCGAGGGCGAUCCGUGGCCUGUUUCCGUCCAUCCCUCCGCAUCCGCGGGCCUUGCGUUCCUCUGCGGGGCGAAGCCGGCCUCCAUCCACGGCGGAAGGCGAGGCCUUGUCGACAGAACUAUCAUGACGACCGAAAAGAACUUAUCAGCAGAGGCUGAAACUCCUAAGCAGCAGCCGUCAAAAGAAGAGGAGGUAGCUGCCAAGAGUGGAACACAGGAAGCUUCCUUGGAGAAAGCACCUGAGAGAGAGAAUCAAUCCAAAAAGAAGUCUAAAGCAUCGGAUAGUGGCACUCCCACACGAGAAGACCAAAGCAAAAACAAAGAGCGCACUUCUGAAAGCCGAGGUCUGUCCCGGCUGUUUUCAUCAUUCCUCAAGAGGCCCAAGUCUCAGGUCUCCGAGGAAGAAGGCAACGAGACAGAAGCAAAGGAACACGGUGAAGGAGACCAGAAAGAGGCAGAUCUUGAUGCUGAUCUCAAUGAAGAGAUUCUGCUGAAAGCCCCAAUUGCAGCUCCCGAGCCUGAGCUCAGAACUGACCCAUCUUUAGAUCUUCACUCACUUAGCAGUGCAGAAACACAGCCAGCUCAGGAAGACAGGAGAGAAGAUCAAGAUACAGAGAAUAGAGAUUUUGAAACUAAGGAGGAGGACGAACAGGUGAAGUGCUCCAAUACGGAAGAGAAAAAAGGCAACACCAGGGUGAAAGCUGACAAAGAAGUAAAAGGUGUUCAGAAAACAACAAGAAGACCCAGAAACAGCAUGCAUUGCAAGAUUACUUUAUUGGAUGACACACUUUUUGAAUGUUCUUUGGAUAAACAUGCCAAAGGGCAGGAUCUCCUUAAGAAAGUAUGUGAUCACCUCAAUCUUUUGGAAGAAGACUAUUUUGGACUGGCCAUAUGGGAUACCCCAACCUCCAAGAUCUGGAUGGAUGCUGCCAAAGAGAUUAAAAGACAGGUUCAUGGAGGCCCCUGGGAUUUUACCUUUAAUGUCAAGUUUUAUCCUCCAGAUCCAGCUCAGCUGACAGAGGAUAUAACAAGAUACUACUUGUGUCUGCAACUAAGGAAAGACAUCAUCAGCGGUCGACUUCCUUGCUCUUUUGCCACGUUAGCUUUGCUGGGUUCUUACACAAUCCAGUCUGAGCUAGGAGACUACGACCCAGAUCUCCAUAGUGCAGAUUAUGUCACUGAAUUCAAGCUGGCCCCAAACCAGACAAAGGAUCUGGAAGACAAGGUUAUGGAGCUACAUAAAACAUACAGAUCUAUGACUCCAGCUCAAGCUGAUCUUGAGUUUCUUGAGAAUGCCAAAAAGCUAUCCAUGUAUGGAGUUGAUCUUCAUCAAGCCAAGGACCUUGAAGGUGUGGAUAUCACUUUGGGCGUCUGUUCCAGCGGCCUCCUUGUCUACAAAGACAAAUUGCGAAUCAACCGUUUCCCUUGGCCUAAAGUAUUGAAGAUUUCGUACAAGCGCAGCAGCUUUUUUAUCAAGAUCCGGCCUGGCGAGCAAGAACAAUACGAAAGCACAAUUGGAUUCAAGCUUCCUAGUUAUCGGGCGGCAAAGAAACUCUGGAAGGUCUGUGUUGAGCAUCACACAUUUUUCAGGUUAACCUCCACCGAAGCCAUUCCCAAGAGCAGGUUCCUGGUGCUGGGCUCCAAGUUCCGUUACAGCGGCCGGACACAAGCGCAGACGAGGCAAGCCAGCGCUCUGAUUGACAGGCCCGCACCUCAGUUUGAGCGGACAGCAAGUAAGAGGGCCUCUCGAAGCCUCGAUGGUGCUAAGCGUGACUCUCAAAAAAUUGAGUUCAGACCAGUAGAGGAGGAGAAGCAGGAGCAUGUGGUGUUGGUUGGGGUUGCGGAAUCAGAGCCUGUGGAACAAUUUCAGGAGAAGCCAGCAGUAGCAGUGGUUACACCUGACCGAAGCCCACGCCCGACGUCUGCGCCAGCCAUUGCUCAGAGUCACUUGGCUGAGCCAACGUCACCUCCUGUACCUGAUAACAAGGAACCAGCAGUCACUAAACCUGAGAAGGAAACCACUAGGAAAGAAGUAAAAGUAGAAGAAGCUCCAGCAGAGAAAUCAAAAGCAGAGUUAACCGAAGGAGUCCAGCAGCGUGCAGAAAAAGAGGAAGAACCAAUAAGAAUGAGGAAGAAAAGAUCAAAGAGGCUAGAUGGUGAAAACAUUUAUAUAAGGCAUAGCAAUUUAAUGUUGGAGGAUCUAGAUAAAACUCAAGAGGAGAUAAAGAAGCACCAUGCAAACAUCAGUGAGCUGAAAAAGAACUUCAUGGAAUCUGUUCCUGAGCCUCGGCCAAGUGAAUGGGACAAGCGCUUAUCCACUCAUUCUCCCUUCAGGACCCUUAACAUCAAUGGGCAGAUUCCUUCAGGAGUAGAAGGACCUCCGCUUGUGAAAACUCAGACAGUCACAAUCUCCGAUGUGUCCAACACUGUGAAAAGCGAAAUUCCAACUAAAGAAGUUCCUAUUGUCCAUACAGAGACCAAAACCAUCACUUACGAAGCAGCACAGACUGAUGAUGGCAGCAAGGAUAUAGACCCUGGGGUUCUGCUAACAGCUCAGACGAUCACUUCAGAGACUACGAGCAGCACCACCACGACACAAAUUACAAAGACUGUGAAGGGCGGAAUUUCAGAAACACGGAUUGAAAAAAGAAUUGUCAUUACAGGAGAUGCAGACAUUGAUCAUGAUCAAGUUCUUGUACAGGCGAUUAAGGAAGCGAAGGAGCAACACCCAGACAUGUCUGUGACCAAAGUGGUUGUCCACCAGGAGACAGAGAUCGCAGAGUAAAUAGCAAGGCCAGCUGCAUUUAUCAGGCGAAGGCCCUUUUCCGGCUGUGAAGGCCACCAAGACAUACCAGCAAAACUGCAAGGGAAACUACCUUGGAGCACCGACACCUCAAACUUGCCAGACUUAUUCCCAGUCAAGCAUUUUAUCAUUUAUUACUAGGAACUUGUGCUUGUAGAUGUUUACUCGGGAUUCUUCUCAGUACAGUCAACCCUUUUUGAGUAUCAUUUUUAUAUUGUGACUGACAAUAUGCCAUACUUUUCACAGUACUGAAAUAUUUUUUACAGGUUUCCAUGAUCUUUUCUUUGUUCCCCUUCCCCCCACCACUUUUUUUUUCUUUUUUAUUAUCACCAGCAUCAUCACCACCAUCAUCACCAUGUUGAAUUCCCUUUCCCACCACUUUUUCUGGAUGUAUACGAUGACGAGGUCAGAGGCUCAUGCAAAAGGAGCCUGGUGGGCUUCCCACAAGUGGUUGCCUUCCCUCUGCGUCGCCCUUCCUCCUGCGCGCUCGCUCGCGUGCAGCCUCUCACUCACCCUCAGCACGUUCUAGUGUGGCGGUAUCGAUUCCUCUUUCUAGAAAAGUCAGGAAGUCCGUUGGUUCGAUACUUUUACUUCCCUCCCGUGAUUCAUCUGAACCCCAGUCAUUUCGUACGCACCAGGCACAGAGAUCCCGGUCUUUUUACUUCUGGGUUUCCCUAGCUUUUGUGGGCUUAUGAGCCAGUAGAUUUUUUAACUCAGCAAGGGGUUAUGGUAUUUGCACAGGUUAUUUCAGUAGUUCUCUAGAUUUAGGAAUAAUGGGAGUUGCUUUACCUUUUAUACUGUGAAUUUUAGAGCUUUUAAAUGAACUGUGACAAGGCAUUUGGCCUUCCUUCACUCAAUUUCCCUUCCUCCUUGUACUUGUUUUGCACUCCUUGGAAGUCUGUAUCGCUUGUUCAUCCCACAUGCCACUGUUUUCUUUCUUUUUGUUUACCAUUCAGUUACGCUUAGUAGAGUUUAAGAGGAUUGGACCCCGAAUGCCGUGAAGUAGGCUGUGGUUUGCAAUAGUUCCCCCACCACUGCCCCUGUUAUUUGUGUUGGUUUGGAUUCUUUUUUUGAUAGGGUAGGUUUAAAACCAUGAAGAUUUUUUUAAGCACUAUUUAAACUGGGGAGAGCCCACGUGGUGGAGUGGCUUCAGCACUUGACCAUGAGUCCGGAGACCAGGGUUCGAAUCCCCGUUCUGCUGUGGAAAGAAGCCCACUCUCUUCAUAUCAGAGGAAGGCCAAGGCAGACCUCUUCUGGACACGUUUUGCCAAGAAAGCCCCACGACAGGGCCGCCACAAGUCGGAAACAAACAUCAAUGAAAACUAGUUUGAACUUGGGAGCGCUGGCAACAUAUCGGAGUCGAGCGUCAUCCCGUAAGAGACCACCCAGUGUUUCCUUUCAUUGAGUGCUUGUGCAGAAUUAGGCCUUUUGGAGGAGAGUGCACUUGUUUCCUUCUUUCAAAAGUUCCUGACAUGUCAAUGUCAUAGUGUAUAGUUCGCUGGGUGCAUUUUGUAGAGCAUGCUGCUGUCAGACAUUGCAUUGGAGGCACUGUGUUUCCUCCCGGUAUGGGCACACCCAGGCCCUUGGGCUCUUUUCGCAGGACUCCUCUCUCUCACCAACCCUCUCCUUCCUUCCUUCCUUCCUUCCUUCCUUCCUUCCUUCCUUCCUUCCUUCCUUCCUUCCUUCCUUCCUUCCUUCCUUCCUUCCUCCCUCCCUCCCUCCCUCCCUCCCUCCCUCCCUCCCUCCCUCCCUCCCUCCCUCCCUCCCUCCCUCCUUCCCUUCCUCCCUUCCUUACCUCCUUCCUUUCGUCCUUCCUUCAUUCCCUUUCCUCCCUCCCUCCUUCCCUCUCUCUCGCCUUCCUUCCUUCCUUCCUUCCUUCCUUCCUUCCUUCCUUCCUUCCUUCCUUCCUUCCUUCCUUCCUUCCUUCCAUUUGUCUUCCUUCUCUUUUUCCUCCCUCCCUCCCUUCUAUCCUCUUCUUUCUCUUUCCUUUUCUUCCUUUCCUAUUUCUCUUUCUCCUUCCAUCCUUCCCCUUUGUCUUCUCUUUUUCCUCCCUCCUUCUCUUCCUUCCCUCCAUUCCCUUCCAUCUUCCUUCCAUCCUUCUCUCUUUCCUUCCUCCUUCCAUCCUUCUCUUCCUUCCUUAUUUCCCUCUUUCUCCUUCCCUCCCUCGCUCCUUCCUUCCCUUCCACCUUUUUGUCCUUCCCUCUUUCCUCCCUCCCUUCUCUUUCUUUUUCUCCUUCCUUCCUUCCUUCCUUCCUUCUUUCCAUCCCUUUUGUCCUUCCUUCCUUCCUUCCUUCUCUCUCUUUCUCCUUCCUUCCUUCCUUCCUUCCUUCCUUCCUUCCUUCCUUCCUUCCUUCCAUCCAUCCAUCCUUCAUUCAUUCAUUCAUUCCAUCCCUUUUGUCCUUCCUUCCUUCCUUCCUUCCUUCCUUCCUUCCUUCCUUCCUUCCUUCCUUCCUUCCCUCUUUCCUUCCUUCUCUCUCUUUCUCCUUCCUUCCUUCCUUCCUUCCUUCCUUCCUUCCUUCCUUCCUUCCUUCCUUCCUUCCUUCCUUCUUUCUUUCUUUCCUUCCCUUUUGUCCUUCCCUCCUUCCUUCUCUUGCUUUCUCCCUUCCUUCCUUCCUUCCUUCCUUCCUUCCUUCCUUCACCGUUCCCUCCCUCCCUCCCUUUCCUUCCUUUUCCCUUUCCUUUUCCGCUUAAGCGGCCGAGGGGAAAAGGAAAUGGACUGAGCCUGUGAGGACUGGUGGGAGUUGAAGUCCAAAGCACCUGGAGGGAGGGAGGGAGGGAGGGCCCAGGUUUGCCCAUGCCUGGGAUAAGAUCAUCCCUGUCCCUUAAGGGGCUCCAUUGGGAUGAAUACAAAGCAGCCACCAUUGUGCAGAGUGCAUUUUCAUGACUACACAGCAGGAUUUCUGGCCAUUGUCACCGCGGGUGUGAUGGAUGAUGUGAUUCCAAAUUCACAAAUAGAAUUGGCAACGCGGAAAACUUUUCAGUGGUAUAUAAAAUUCUAUUCUGAACCCUGUGUUCUAUUUUUGACACCGUGUGCAGUGCUCCUUCUAUGACUGGUAUGAGAUUGACAUGGCAUUGCGUGGGCUGCGUAAAUGGCAGGGGUGGGAAGAAGGGGGACUGGGUUCGAGCAAACGGGAUGUUGGAAGUUUUGAGUUCAAAAGACAGCAGGCACCGUUAAAAGAAUUUCAGUUUUGUGAACGUGAGUGUGCUGGUUUACUAUUUAAUUAGAAGACAUGUCUUUAUGCUGUUUGGACAUAUCACACUUAGCUUAAUUAGGGAGUCAGUAUAAAAACUCAGAACCUUGAUGAGAAUAUAAUUCAGCUUUGCGUGAUCAGUUUUGCUCUCAAAAGUUUUGCCAUAAAAGCUUCUUGUGAUUUAUCUGGACUCGUUAGGACUUAUUCCAGGGGAAGAAGCACGGGGUUUGGCUAACCUAUUCACGGCGUGUGUUUCAGCCCGUCCUCUACACAAAUCAAAGUCACAAGACUAGGCUUUGUAAAAGUCGGUACGUAGCACUUAAACUAAUUUAUUUAUUGUGGAUCGUAACGUUGGGUGUUUCACGUUUUUCACGCUGGUUCUUGGUACUCGUGCAGCCUUAUCUCCUCUUACAUAGAAAACUUAAAGCGGAAGACCUGUGGGGUAGUGGGGUGCAUGUCUGAAGUGAUAGACUUUCCCACAAGUCCAGCACUCUUGCUCCCUUCUUACGGCAACCAUUCUUCUUCCAGGUCUUUUAGGAAGCUUCCUUGUCCUCAAAACAUCUGCAGUUCAGUCUGAAUCAUCCCUUUUUCUGUUCUACUGAUAACCAACCUGUUCCGUUCAGCAUUUCCAAUGACUUUUGCAUGGCGUGUGAAUCCUUCCUCAAAUAAGUGUUUAGAAACAUGUUUCCUAAUCACGGGUCUACUUCUUUCUUUUCCUUUUGCAGUUCUUUUGGUCCCCAAAUCUAGUAUCCUGCUCCCUUUCUUUGUUACGUAUUUCUUUUCCAAACCCUCAACUUUUUAUUUUCUGUCGUAUUGCUUAGCUUUUUUGUGCACACCUAAAUUCCACAUACAUACAUGACUCCUUAAAUAUUUAGCACUGCUUUAAAUCAGGGGUCCCCAACCAUGUGGCCCGGCAAGGUCUUUUUCCCAGCGCCUGCUGCUAUCGCCAUGUGUGCAGGCCCGGCUGGCAUAUGCAUGCAUGGCGGAUGCAUGCGGCAGCGGCAGUGUGAGUGUGUGUGUGGCUUUGGUGAAGGUGAGCGAGUGCAAGUGUAUGGUGAGGGUGAGUGAGUGGACGGUGUUGGCGGGUGUGUGGUGGUGUAUGCAGUGAUGGGUGUGUGGCAUGGUCAGUGCAUGUUGCACACAUAAUAUAAUAAUAUAAAACUUUAUUUAUAUUCCGCCCUUCUCCCCAAGUGGAUUUAGAGCGGAUUACAGAAUAUAAACAGACAGAGGCAAACAUUCAAUGCUUUGCUACAGUGACAUAGAAUGAGACACAAGUACACAAAGGCAAAGGCUUCUCCUUUCAUUCCCGGCUCUGGAGGCAGUGCUCAUCUCUGGCUCUUGGGGAGGUGCUCUUCUCCUUUCCCAAGCAAAAGAGCCUGCAUUGUCCAUAGCACCUCCUGGUUGUGUGGUCGGCAAGACUACUUGGAGCAUCUUUUUGCCUUUUUCCCACCAAAGCGGUACCUGUUUAUCUACUCACAUUUGCAUGUUUUCAAACUGCUAGGUUGACAGGAGCUAGGUCUAAUAGCGGGAGCUCAUCCGACCCGUGGAUUCAAAAUGCUGGCCUUCAGGUCAGCAGUUUAGCAGCACAAGAGUUUAACCCAUUGCGCCACCGCAACCACAUGCGCACACCCGACUCUUGCUAUGAACACCCACACACAACUAAAGUCCGGCCCCUCAACAGUCCGAGGAACCAUGGACCGACUGCAUUAAAAAAAUUUGGGAAUCCCUGCUUUACAUGAACAUUAACCUCAAGAAUAGCCAGCAUUGCAAGGAAGCGGACAGACAGUAGGAGACGUUGUUUGGUUGUCAUGGGAUUUGUCCAUCUUGGGAAAUAGUUUUAACCAACCAUGGCAGGUUGUGUUAGAUAGACCAGUAGUACUUGCAGGAUUGAGGCUGGGCCCAUAACCAAUGUCAGCUAUGUCAGGCUGGGCCCAUAACCAAUGUCAGCACUGUCUAUACCAGGCAUGGACAAACUUGGGCCUUCUCUCCAGGUGUUUUGGACUUCAACUCCCACAAUUCCUAACAGCCUACCGGCUGUUAGGAAUUGUGGGAGUUGAAGUCCAAAACACCUGGAGAGAAGGCCCAAGUUUGCCCAUGCCUGGUUUUAAUACAAAUUAAAUCUCUCCCAAAGCAAAUUACGAAUUCUGUUUGUAAACAGUGAGCUGGGCUUGACGGUCGGGUGCUCACCCCGACCAGGCUUCGAACUGUCGAUGAGAUGUCAUUUAUGUGUGUGUAAUGCUGAGAUGACAGCACGACCCCAGUCACAUCCUUCUCCAGCUUAUGAGAUUAUCAGGAAAUUGUCUUAACUGUAUAAUAAAUGGAAGCUAUUUAUGAAUGAAUGUAUGUGUGUACAGAUGGAAGAGCGUGAUGAUUCAUACUAACCCAAUUGAAGGAAAAUACUAUAAUUUCACUGGCGAAUAACAGAAAUUUUUGUGGAGGAGAUUCUUAAAAUUGUGGUUUGCCAUUUUCAUGCAGUGUGUAUAAUUAAAACAUUUUAUCUUCCAUGUUUGUUUGUUUUUUUACACAUUGGAUCACAAUGUUUUUUUCCAGUGUUGAUAUGAAGGAGCUUUGUACAAAAAAAUAAUUUAAGACAAUGGUGAAUUGUAUACAAUUGCUAAUUCUUUCUUUUAAAAAAAUAGCAGAACUUUAUAGCUCGUGUAGCUUUUAUUUUGGAUUUUUUGUAGUCAGAAGGGAAAAAUAGGUGUAGCGUUUAGACAUUUAAGUGUUCAGACCUGCUACUUGUAUUGCGUUUUCAAUAAAUUUUCAAAUACGAA